CAGUCAGCUGACCCGUAACCCCCGUUCCUUCAUCAGAGACGAUACCAUGCCUUCCGCUGUCUUCUUCCUUCACCCAAGGCUCUUGAGGAUGGCAUUCUGUCGAGACUUUGAGAGAGAUUGUCCACAGGCUUGCUGAUAAAUGCAAAGAGUGGAGACUUCUCGAAAGGGACGAGCGAUGAAUUGAACGGGAUAUCGAGGGGCAGCCUGGGAGCCACUUUGCGAUAACCGGAGAACCCUCAUCCUGACGGGAAUUAAAAGUGCUGUGAAGAUGAGUAAAGGAUAAUUUAUGACAUUCUCAGAGGAAGACGGUUCGUUGGAGACGGAAGUUGAGAAAUUGAUAUCUAGUUGCAUUUAAAGUCCAUUGUGUUCAUGAUCUUCCUCUUCUGAUAGCGUUCGCCAUCUUUUGUGUGUCAUAGAUGCGCAAUUAUUCUGCGGCUACCGAGGUAUUGUUGUCGCACAUCAAGCUACGUCUUGAUGCUGAGCACAGAGCACAGAUAGUUGCCAUGGGCCAGGUCGCAACUAAAGUACCUCAGACAGAGUUUCUUCCCGCAGUCCAAACCCGUGAGGAACUUCAACAACGAUUCAGAUGGCGCCUAUCGAGAUUGUUCAUGAGCGAAACCCAGAACGAAUGGUUCCAGACUAUUUUCCACGCCUUCUGCACCGAGUCAGACUCGGCAAAAUUCUGGACGGUAUCUGACUUGGGGGAAUUCAUGACCAGCACUUUUCCUUCCGAGUUAGCCUUCUGCGUAGCCGAAGCUGCUCCAAUUUUACACCGUUGUCUCCUGCGGCUGGGGUCGUUUCCGUAUCACAAUGAUCCACACCCCACUCUGUCGCUGGAUGUGUUGCGCACAGGCAUGAUCAUUCUGCUCAGACUGGAUCGCGAUAACCUUCUGGAUCCGGAAAUCGACGAGGCGUCACUCGUUUUCCCUGAUCGUCUCAGCACACAACAACAACUUCUGUUGUUUCAGAGCAUGACAGAGCCGCAAGGAACCUUUGUCAAUCCUUCUCGAAGCGCAGCCGACGACCAUCACGUUGGGAAAGCUCUCGAAAUUAUCACGUACGGAAAUUUCAAGCGCAAUGCGCGGUUCCCGACCGCAGUGACCCAAGGACCAAAGUACCCCCCGGUGGAACAUUUUCCUUCGUCAAACUCCACAUUGACGACGGGAUCAAUUCCAGUAGAGGAUUUUAGACCGUUGCUUCGGUUGAUGCUCCUAACGCAGUUGUAUGUGGCUGGUAUUGACCCGGAUAAUUUCACGUCGUUACUAUCGGAAAUCGAAGCAGCGACAGACUGCUUACUCACGACAUUCUUAAAUGGAGAGGAGUCCUCGAGUGCCGUAUCUUUCACAACCUUCUCCAACGCCCUCAGAAAAUUAGUGCCAAAUGUCUUUCUGGGUCUGCCUAGACUCCUCGGGCCUUUGCACUCGGUUAAAACUUUCCCGUCCGCAACUCCCCCAUCAUCACUCGCUGAAGCACAGGAAAUGUUGAAAAGAUUGUUUACGCCUUCGGUCAAACCGCAGUCUCCUGCUGACGGAUUAAUCAUGAACCUCCCAGUCCUGAGCCAGCUUUCAAUGAGCUUACCCCAAGACUUUCCCAUCGAAGCACCAGAAAUCCUUCAUGCAUCUCGGGAGGUUGAUAUGGAGCAUGUGAAAUCCCACCUAACCAAAACUAGCAAAGCUAGGAUUCUACUGGUAUCUGGGAAGACUGGUCAAGUACCAGCUAUAUUUGGCGUAUAUGUUCCCAUAGGCUGCUCACCUGCCUCUCUCGCCAAGCCGAGCGUCAUUUUUCAGCUGGCCCCAAUUCAUCGAGCGAUCCAUCAAACUGGAGAUCUGGUACCGUCUAAGGAAUCGUUUGUUGAAGACAGCUCGUGUUUGACACUUGCCCUUGGAGAUGCCACUCUCGUGUUGACUCAGGGAUCAAUAAAAGGCAGUCUUAAUGCGCAAUUCGACGAUGGUACAAGCCAAGAGGUUGUUGUUGAUGCAAUCGAAGUCCUUAGCUUCGAAGGACGUUUCGUUUGCGUCAAUACUUUUAGAUAGUCUCCGUCAAAUUUGCUGGCACUUUACCGACGUUCCGGUCUGCUACCCGACAAGAACGCCUUGUCUGCACCUUUGUUUAUACAUCAAACAUGAUUCAUUGAGA